AACCGGAUGUAAACAAAUCACUCAAAACAGCUGCAGUCCAUUGAGAAAAAUAAGCGAAUAAAACUAUUUAAUUUACAAGUUUACAUCGUUUAAUUCAUCCUCCAUGAAAGUGGCACUAACAUUUACAUUUUACUUUAACGUUUGGAGGAAAUAACGGUCUGAAAAUGAUAUACCAUAUUCCCUGGAUCUACACACCAGUGCGGACUGUCUUGGCAAUCUGGCACCAGUUGACUAAGAGUGAGAUUCCAGAGCUGGCAAAGUGCUCAGUGCUGAUGAGGGAGCGUGGCAGAGUGGAAGAGACCAUCCACAGCAUGCAGCGUGCAGGUGCAGGCAGCCUUCAGGUAAUCUCAGACUUCGACAUGACACUGACCAGAUUCGCACACAACGGCAUGAGAGUACCCACCACUCACAACAUCCUGGACAACCGGUUAUUAAUUAAUGAAGACUGCACUAAAAAGAUGAAGGAGCUGUUGAACACCUACUAUCCGAUAGAGAUUGAUGCAGGCCGAUCUACUGAAGAGAAACUGCCUCUCAUGGUGGAAUGGUGGACCAAAGUCCAUGAGCUGCUUAUUGAUCAGAGGAUCAGGAAAGACAUGCUCGCCAGGGCAGUGAAGGAAUCCAGUGCCAUGCUCAGGGAGGGCUACAAAGUGUUUUUCGAUCAUCUGGCCGAGCACCACAUCCCUUUGCUGAUCUUCUCAGCUGGUGUCGGUGACGUCCUGGAGGAGGUGAUCCGACAGAACCACGUCUUCCACCCCAACAUCAACAUCAUCUCCAACUACAUGGACUUUGACCACACAGGGGUACUUCAAGCCUUCAAAGGUCAACUGAUCCACACCUUCAACAAGAGGCAGGGUGCUCUGUCCCAUGCUGCUCACCUCAGGCAGGUGCAGGAUCGACCCAAUGUGCUGCUGCUGGGAGACUCCCUGGGAGACCUGACCAUGGCCGACGGGGUGACGGACACCCACAACAUCCUGACCAUCGGCUUCCUCAACGACCAGGUGGAAGAAAGAAAAGAGUCGUACAUCAACUCCUUUGACAUCGUACUGGUGAAGGAUGAGACGAUGGACAUCCCAAACGCCAUCGUCAAAUACGUUACCUCAUCCAGAUACAGCAAGUAAGACGCACAAAAAGGAGCUGAGCACUGAAGCUGAAAGACGUCACUUAUGCUGCUUCUAUGACACAGUACGAACAUGUUCACUCCAGUCACAGACAAAACAAUACUUACCUCAAACUACAGAUCACCUGUUUACCGCUUGUAUUUGUUACAUGUAAAAGCCAUACAACUCUUUAAAUUGCAUCCAUUUUUGAUGUCAGUU